UCUCCAUACCAUAAAACUUUCAAUUAUUCAUUAUAUUACUCUUUAUUAUGUAUAUUAUUAUCUAUAUUUUUAAACUAUAUUAUUAAUGUAGUAUGAUGUAUAGUAUAAGUUAAUGUUAGAUCAAUUUACUGUACAUGAUGGAAUACAUAAUUGGUGGAACUACUGGUUUACUGAAGGAGAUUAAUACUAAGAAUCGCAGCAUUUUGAGGCUUUCUUCUCUUGAAGAUCAAGCUUUAGAUAAAUUUAUCACAACAACCUCCUGGUCUGGCACUCUCGGAUAUGGUGAAGAUGAAAUAACUGUUGGAUAUGAGAGCGGAUUAGUUCGUAGUUACAACACCUUAACAGGUGAGGUUAUCAGGGAAUAUCAUCUGGAUUCUAAAUGUGUUUACGUAACACUGUUAAAUUAUCAUUUUUAUCCCCUCACCAAUGCUAUUUAUAGUAACAAUAAGAGCUCAUCUUUAUACCCAAAUCUUACUAUUCCAACAGUAUAUAAAGAGAACAAUAAAGUAUUAUUAGCUGUCACAGAAGAUGGAUAUAUUUACCUCUUUAACACUGAGAAUUGUCCCAAAACCAUCCCCAACUCUCUAGUAAAUACUGACAAUACUGAUACUAGCAAUUCUAACACCGAUAUUAACACUGAUAAUACCAAAAAUGAUAAUGUUAGCACUGUUAAAGGCUUAUUAACUAAGGUAAAUCAUCCUUAUUCCAUCGCUGUUUUCAAGUAUAAAUCACCUGUAUCAUGUGCUUCUACUCACAGUUUAAUGAAAAAUCGACUAAUUAUCGCAGGUCCGAAUAAUCCUCCGGCUCUCAUUGAUUUAUUCUGUGAAAGAGUGCUAUGGGUUGGGAAAUUUCCACAUGAAACUCUUUUAGGCCUCCAAAGCACGCUGAAUAUCACUAGUCUUUGUAUUCUUGAUGAACUUGGCGAUGAUUUAAUUUGUGUAGGAACUAAAGACGCUUUUGUAUAUGUAUAUGAUCCUAACAGUCAGAAGGAUCCGAUUUUCCAGUUUAAUAUCUGUGAUCAGAGGAGUUCAGCUUUAUCAAAACGCGCUCUAACUCUUCCUGAACACGAUUUCAACACUAAACAUAGGAAACAAUUGGAUAAGGCUGUUAAUGAAAACUAUUCCUCAAAUGACAGAGCAAUUCUCAAAAUUACCACCAAUCCGCCCUUUAAACUAUUAUUUAACACAGAAAAAGGUGAUCAUCGAGACAACGAGGGUACUACUGAACAUAACAACAACAUUGGUGAAAAUGGCAUAAAUAAUAAAAAUUCUAUCAAUAAUUCUUUGAAUUUAGAAGAAUUAUUUAAUAAUAUUUUGGAAAAGAGAUUUAAAUUAUCAAAUGAUGUUAGUAUUGAGUUGUACAACUAUCCUAAGAAAGACUAUUGCAAUGUGUACAUUAGUGAUAACUUUGGCACUGUUUAUUAUCUCCAGUUCCUCACCAACAACAAACUUAUUCACUGGAUCAAUAAUAAAAUUAACCGAAACUCCAGAAACGGCUUGAACAGGACAGUGGAAGAUAUGGAUGAAAAGGAGAAAUUUGGUAUAGUGGAACACUUGUUAGAGGCUAGAAAGCGUCUUUGCACUUCUUGUAAUAAUGAUAAGCGAGUUCAUUACAGACGAAAUAGUUACAAUCAAAUGGUGUGUAGGAUAUUAAGUUGUUACAAUUACCACAACGGGUCAGUUGUGGAUUUAAAGUGUUCUGGCGAUUAUUUAAUCACUGCUGGCAUGGACCGCUUUACUAAAAUCAUCCAUGUCCCCACUCACAAGCUUGUAUUUCAACUAUAUUCCAACCAGAAACAAUCCUCCAUUCUGCUCAGAAAUGAUUCCAUCAUGACAAAAUUCAAUCAUUCCGAUUUCAAAUCCGUUAAAAAAGGUAGCGCUGGCGACGCCGAUAACACGGUUGAUAGCAGUGAAGUUGAUGGCGACCAUAGUAGUGAUACCGAUGAUAUCGGUGACUAUGAUGAUACGGAUAACACAGAUGACGGCAGUGAAGUUGAUACCGAUGACGCAUUUGAUAGUAGUGAGGUUGAUAGUGAUUUGGAAGGAGUUGAAGACAUUUAAAAACUUUUAAUAUUAAAUAAUAUGAUCAAACAGG